AUGACGCCUGCCAGGAGGACGUCGGGUGAUGGCGGAUCUGCGAGCCCAAAGCGAAAGGUUCAUGAGUCAAAAACCGAGUAUGGACGAGAUCCAGCGAAAGCAAUGGACCACUUACGGCAGUUCCUCAUAUCUACCACAGGUUCAGUCUUGCGUGCAUGGGUUGAGUUCCUGGACCAGAACAACGAUCAGAAGAUCUCAAUGACGGAGUUCAGCAAAGGUAUGCGGAGUUUGGGAUACAUGGGUGAUGUUUUCCGACUGUUCAACAUCCUGGAUGGUGACGAGUCCGAAGAAUUAACACUCGACGAGAUCGACAUGAAACAAGCGACAUUGUGGAGAAACUUCCGGAUGUUUGCUGCAGCUUCUUUCAAAAGCGCAGAGGAGUUGAUUCAGAAGUGUGCUGACUGGGCUGCCGACAUCACACCAGAGAUGGCGAGUGUCCACAAGGACAGGCCCAAGGCGUACUAUCUCACACGUGAUGAGUUCUGCACUGGCAUUCGGAAAUGUGGCUGGAACUACAGUGUUGCUGAUCUCAACUGGGUCUAUGAUGCCCUCGAAGACAAGGGCGACCACCUGCUGAGAGCCAGCAACCUGGGUUGGCUAGCGACAGAACUCACAAGAAGGCAGAAGAAGCAAGAGGCCAAGAUCAAGUCCAAGAAGUGGCAGGCACUCAGGAUUCGUCAAGAGGCGUCGCCACAAGACAAACACCGUCAUUUCAAAACUUUCAAGGCCUUCCUUCGCAAGAAGCACGGCAAUCUGAUCCGUGGCUGGCGACAAGCUCUCUCUCAAACUGACUCCAUGGUGCUUUCCAGGCUGCACUUUAUGAAGGCUGCGGCUCGCCUUGGCUUUGCCAAAGAAUCCAGAGAUCUUUGGAAGUCGCUGGAUAAGGACGACAGUGGCUCCGCCUCCAUAGAUGAGCUCGACCCAAGAAGUGCUGAAGGAUUGGCCCACUUUAAGGUGUGGGUCAGCUCUCAGUUUGGGGGCGUGCGCGAAGCCUUCAAUGCCAUGGACUCGGAUCACACCCGCUUCAUCACCCAUGCAGAGUUCACAGCGGCUCUUCAACGAUUCGGGUUUCAGCGUCCGACGAAGCAGCUGUUUAGCCAUUUGGACAAAGACGGAAACAGCAAGAUUGUCAUUGAUGAUGUCCUGUUUCUUGAUGGCUGGAAUCCUCUACCAUUUCUGGUGGUACCUCCAAAUUUCAAGGCCAUGGCUGAAAUCAAGAAGUUGAUCCUUGUGCGGACGGGCCAGUACAUGAAAGCAUGGCGCCGACUCUUGGACAAGGAUGCCACCAACCGUUGCAACUGGUACGAGUUCAAAGACGCAUGCCAGGUUCUGGGGUACACUGGUGAUAUCGCGGGAGCUUGGCGUGCAUUUGACGAUGACUUGUCGGGGUUCAUCUCUCUGCGUCAGAUUGAUGAAGAGUCCGACAUGGUGUUGUCCAGCUUCAGGCGGUGGUGUGUCUCCGAGUUCGGCUCCGUGAAGUCGGCGUUUGCCGUUUUCGAUUCUGACUGCUCUGGCAGCCUGAGCUUUCAGGAGUUCCGAGCCGCCUGCCGAGUUUACGGCUAUGAUGGAUCGGCGAGGACACUCUUCUCCGCUCUGGAUGUGGACCAGCAGGGAACUCUAACCUUGAAAGAAAUCUCCUUCUUGGAUGACUGGGAAAUUGAAGCGGCAGAUGACGAGUUGAAUGAUGCUCGUCGAGCUGGGCUGGCAGCUACGUCGAAGGUCGGACCAGGUGGAGCUGGGCACAGCUCUUUCAGCGUGAAAGAUCACCCAGUUCGGGCACGUCGGGUGACCAGGCGAAAGUAUGAACUGCGUCAACGAGCAGCUCCUGAAAUACCACGGUUGCGUCCGUCCAGAAAAGGUGAUGGGGAGUAUAGCUGGUCUUCUAUCGCCCUCGAUUAUUGGCAGUCCAAGAGCUCGAGCGCGCGACCGUGGCCACCAGACAGAUCUGUCUCCGUGAGCCCAAGAAUGGAUCUGGAUCCGAUCGGCAGAGCGGACAUCAGCAGAGUGGACGCGAGCCAGGAGCAGGACUUCUCGUUGUCGGACAUCUCCUCCAGUGCCUUCCUGGGCUCGAUGCUUGCCGAUUCGGCAGUUGCCUCCUUGGUUGAGCAGGUAGGGCUGCCGAGACCUCCAGGCAGUCCUAGCACUCCUGAAGGAUUGCCAUUGCCUGGGUUCCCUCAACGACCACGCACACAGCCAAACCCACAGGUCACGAGAAUUCUGUCGCGCCUGGACGACGGUGCCAAGCCAUCGCUGGACGAUCUUCUGUCCAACCCCAGAGUGGGACCCUUGAAAAGCCCCAGCCCGAAGGUUCCGGCGAGGAUCGGAUCCUCUUUUAAGAAGUCGAGGGCCUACUACAGUUGA